AUGCCCGCCCCAUCAAGGCAAAACACCAAGCCACCCCUCCCACGGAAUCACCUCAUCUUCGAUCCCUGGAACACGGGAUCUGUAGGCCAUGAAUGUGCGCAUUACAGCCAUGCCAGACAGACAGCUGCGCAUCGCGACAUGCGUACGAUUCAGCUGGGGAGGCAGUUUCGCGGGCAACAAUCCUCUAUGCAAAUACCUAAAAAUCCUCAAGAAGGAAAAGAUAAGAAGAAGAAGGAGCAGAUGAGGAAUAAGGGGGAUAUUAGGGAGUAUAUGGGCGGGCAGAGCAAGUCUAUCAUCGACUAUCCGAAUUCAAAAACAGAGAUUCUCGGGGAAAAACAUGAUAAUAUUCCUUUCUCGACAACUACACCAGAAACAACGACCCCAAACAUCGACAUCAAACCCGAGAACAAAAACAGCAAGAAAAUCUUCCACUCACUAACCUUCUUCAUAAACGGCUCUACCUUCCCACUCAUCUCCGACCAUAAACUACGACACAUUGUCGCCGAGAACGGCGGUGCGUUAUCCCUCAAUCUGGCGCGACGGAGCGUGACGCAUGUUAUUAACGCUGCUCCUUCUGCUGCUCUUUCUUCUGCUGGUGCUUCUUCUUCAGGUGCACGCUACACUGGUGGCGGCGGGUUAUCAGCAGCAAAAAUGCAAAAAGAAAUCAAAACAACGGCAGGGAAAGGGAAAGGCGUGAAGUUUGUGGGUGUUGAUUGGAUUAUCGAGAGUGUCAAGGCUGGGAAGAGACUGUCAGAGGCUAGGUUUGUAGUGUCUUUGGAGAAGAGCAGCAACAACAAUAACAAAAAUGCGCUGAUUGGGGCUUCCAGCGGGCAGAGAAGUGUGUAUGGGAUGUUCAAGGGUGUUGGAUAA